AUGUCUCCGACAGAUGCUCUCACUCCCGCCCUCCGCGACCUCAUCUCAGCCAACCACAUUCUCCACCACCACGGCGUCGUCGAUGCGUACGGCCACGUCUCGAUCCGCCACCCCACCGAUCCGACCCGGUACAUCAUGUGCGGAUUCCUAGCACCCGCACUUGUCUCGUCGCCCGCCGACCUGAUCGUUUACCACAUAUCUGACUCGAGCGCAGUAGACCCAAGCGCUGGAAGAGGGUAUUCCGAACGCUUCAUCCACGGCGAACUAUACAAGCGGUAUCCCGGCGUCAACUGCGUGAUUCAUUCCCACGCCGAAGAGGUCCUGCCGUACGUGGUGACCGGCGUCAAGUUGCGAGCCGUGUACCAUAUGGCGGGAUUCCUGGGCGGGCAGGGGGUCAAGGUAUUCGACAUCGACCCACUAUACAGGGACGACGAGCAGCGGGACAUGUUGGUGAACAAUUCUCGAUUCGGUGCAGCGCUGGCGGCUAAGUUUGCCGAUUCUACUUCAAAUAAUGCGCACUCUGAGAUGCCUAACGAACCUGUCGUGCUCAUGCGCAGACAUGGCUUCACAGCUGUGGGGCGGGAUAUUGUCACUGCAGUCUACCGCGCCAUCUACACGCGUAUCAAUGCCGAGGCGCAGACUAAAGCUAUGGCUCUUGCACAACAUGCCCCUAGAGCAAGUUCAGAGCAUUCUUCGGAGGAGGACAGAGGCGGCAACUCCCGCACGGAACAGCUCGAGUUUGCAUUCCAGGGGCUCACGCCGGAGCAGAGCAGAGGCUGUGCCGUCAUGAAUGAGGGAUAUCAGGAAAAGCCGUGGCGGCUGUGGGUCAGGGAGGUCGAGAGGUUGCCGUUGUAUGAGAAUACGUUGAGCGAGGGGAGGAACUUUGCUUGA